AUGGCUUCAUUAGUCACGACUGACACGUGCAUCUUUGGCCGGGUCGUCAUCGGAAACGGCCGCGAAGCAUCCACAGGCUGCAACGCAGUCCGCAUCACCAUCACCACCGCCAACAUCGCCACUAACAUCGCCUCCAUCGUCACCGCUACCAUCACCGCUGUCGCGUUUAUCGUCUCCGUUGCCUCCGAUGCCGCCACUACCUUCACCGCCGUCGUCUCCGGCGCAUCUCCUGCGGCGCCAACCGCUUUUGCUCUGUUGGUAGGUUCUCCUCCACCUGCGUUGACUACCGCGCCAUCGUCACCUCUGAUCGACACUUCAGUGGCGUCGGAUGUGUCUGGCGAGUCGAUUUUAAACCACCUGAAGGAACUGCAUUGCGGUACGCUUUUCAGCAGCUCGGAUGAAGAAUCAGAGGAGGAGGACUCGGAAGAUCCGCGCGCGGCACGUCCACCAUCUCCCACUCCAUCAGCUAGUGGUUUAUUUGAUGAUGACAGCGAUGAGGAGACCGAGCCUCAUCCAGCCAACGGUCGUAUCAACCACUACGGCCCGGCGGCACUAUGGGAUUACUCAGUUCCAGCCAAGAUUGAGCAGCUGCACGACGUACGCGGCGAGUCUCCACUUCGGUGGCUCAUCGUGAAAUGGCAGAGUACCCCGCUUCAAUUGAGGUGGAUAUGGGAGGAGCAUCUCGACAAACGAUUCGUUCGGCGUAUGGAUCAAGUAAUACAGUGGCGUGACGAUCUGUGUCCAGGCGUCGGACUAGAGUUUAUGCUACUUUUCUGA